AUUGUAUUAUGGGACAGGUUUCUACGGAAGCUCUCGCAAAUGUUUAUAAUAGAAACGCUAAAAUUUCAGUAAUCAAUCAUGUCAUUGCUUAAAUCUUUGCUAUUUUGAAUGGGGAAUACCACAACAUGAAGUUUUAUAUAGAUACCUAGAACUUUUGCCUACAUUGUUAUGGUAAAGAACAUCGAAAUUGUGAAAUAAAAGAAACAUUGCUUCAAAGAUGUCUGAAUCGGGGAGUGAAACAAAGAGUCCAGAUGCCAAGAGCAUGACCAGCAGGACUUCCAUAAAUGUAAAAAUCCCAUCCGCAGCAAGUAAAAGAGGUGGAACCCCCUCCAAAAGCCCUGGACUGGAUGUUCCUAGACAGGAUGAUGUUGGAAAUAGAGCACUUACAACAACGCCUAUUAGUUCAAAGGAUUAUCAAGCUGGAAGCCGCUCAAAUCUGAAUCAAAGCACUUUAAGCAAAGGUCUUCGCCAGCCUCAGAAAUCAGAAAUGGAACUGAUAAGGCAAGCUGCUGCUACCAUAAUAGAGAGACAGUGGAUCGCUUACAGAGACAAACAAAUGUUCCGAUUGUUGAAACAUGCUGUAUGUGCAGCAGAAAAUUCUUUAUCAAAAGAGAUCUUGAGGAAAGUUUGUCCCAAGGAGGCUGAACUUCUUGACGACAAAGUUCAACAAGUCAGAGUUAGAUUCAGAUUUGGUGGACAAGAAUUUCCUCCCAUGAUUUUCUUCAAGAUAUUUAUUCACACAGAGGGAAAAGGUGUGAAAUACUUAAGUGGAAAACGAGUGAUCAAACCAGCCUCUGAGGCCUCUGAAGACUCUUUGAGACACAUGGGGAACAGGAGAUUCUAUGAUCAGAUGCUACAGGAUGCCAUGUAUAACCAACAGUACAGAGUCACCGAUGAAAUUGAUGUCACGACUUUAAAGGAUUACAUGCAGUACCUUGCUAAUGUUGAUGAAGCUCCGGCAUCACUGGGAGGCAAAGAAAACUACUGGAGAAAACUCACAUUAGACAUUCUCUCGAGACGGACCAUAUUCUAUGAUGUGAUUGACUACUUGUACAAUCAGAGAAUCACCCCCAGGCUACGGCAGGAAAUUCCUAUCUUGGUUCAAAGGCCUGUGUCACAAGAGAUCAAAGUUCAACAUAUACGGGCCAUUUCUACUCUCCGGUCAGAGUCCAUACCUGUAGGAGCCCCUCUAACCACACCCAAAUCCAAAAUGUCAGGCUAUGGAAGUCAUCCUAUCUCAAGUCGGCGGUCCCGGCAGGCUAAAGCUCGAGCCUCCAAACUCAGGAAGAUGUACGGUCUAGAUCGAAGUUCAACUGAAACGAGUUCGGAGGGGAGUAAACUCUUGGACUCGCGUGAGCCGACAGCAGUGUCCGAGGAGCCAGAUGAUUACUUUGAUAAGUACGGGAUCACGGGAGAGGAUGGAGAGGAGGGUGAGGAAUGGGAGAGGGAGGCCAGCAAACUGUACGAGUGGACCCAGGAACUCUCCUUCAACGACGACCUGAUAGCCACACCCAGACUACCCAUACAGAUCUAGGGCAGGUCAAGGUCAAAGGUUAUGAUGGGCAGGUGUGAAACACUAAUAUAGCACAUAAUUGGAAAAGGAUGUUUUAAUGAACUGAAUGUUUUUAUGGACCAAACACUCUUCCAGUGUUUUUUGCAUUUAGAUAUUUGUUAAGGAACUAUAUACUACACGGAAUCAUAUAUGUGUACACUAAACCAUUUGUAUGCAUGUACAUAUGUUUUUUACUGGAUUUAUUUUACCAUUUUAUGUUUUUCUUGUUUAUAAUAAAAUACAGAAGAAAAAGCAAUUAUGGUGGGGUUUUUUUAAUAACAGAAAAAGUUGUACAGUAAAACACGGUUAUAGCGAAUACACUUAAAAUGAAUUGAUGCUAACAGUGAAGUGAUUUUCAUUCCCCGUGACUUUAUUUUAUGAUGUAAACUUUAAGAAUAUAAUGAAUUACGCUUAUAACAAAGUAAAAUCAGACAUCCUUGGCACUUUGUUAUAAGUAUGUUAUACUGUAUAGUAUUGUUAUCUUCUUUACCAUCCCUCCUUAACCUUUUACCAACUAUACACUAACAACUUUCCUCCUGCAGAAAGCCCACGUUUAUUCUUCACUGACCCCCCCCCCCCC